UUUUUGUGAAAGAAGAUUUGGAUUAUGUCGGUUCUUUGUUGUUUUUACGCCCAAAGAGGCGCAUCUUCGACGCGGAUUUCAUCAUGGCUAAUGCAGCCUCUCGUGCUGUGCGUCUUUGUCAUGGCUGUUGCGCGCGGGGCAGGUCCGUUAUUCUCUAUUCCAGAGGAGAUGACAAAGGGCUCGCUGGUGGGAAAUAUCAUUCAGGAUCUCGGUUUGGAUGUUAAGAGGCUGAAAUCUGGUCGAGCGCGGAUCUUUACUGAGGACAGUCGUGAGUACAUCGGUCUGAAUGUGGAUAAAGGGACUCUGGUAGUGAAAGAGAGAAUAGAUAGAGAGGAGCUGUGCGCCCAAGUGUCUCCCUGCUCCUUACAUUUUCAGAUCAUUCUAGAAAACCCAAUGGAGCUUCAUAGAAUUGAUGUAGAAAUAUUAGAUAUCAAUGACCAUGCUCCUGUUUUUACUAGAAAAGAGAUAAACUUUCAGAUAAGCGAGCUUGCCGUUCCCGGUGCUCGUUUUUCCUUAGACAGUGCGUACGAUCCUGAUGUUGGAUUAAAUACGCUUCAGAGGUACACUCUAAUACCAACUGAUUAUUUUUCUUUGAAAGAAAAAUCGCGCAGUGAUGGUACAAAAUACGUUGAGAUGGUUUUACAAUCUCCGUUGGACAGAGAGAGAGAUGAAGAACUGAAACUUACCCUGACUGCUUUUGAUGGAGGGAGCCCUCAAAAAUCAGGAACAGUUAAAAUAAGUGUCACUGUAAUUGAUGCAAACGACAAUACUCCAGCUUUCAGUCAGUCAGUGUACAGAGUUUCUUUAGUAGAAAAUGCAGCGAUAGGUACAGUGGUGCUGACCGUAAGUGCUACAGACAAAGACAAAGGAUCAAAUGGUGACGUGACAUAUUCGUUUUCACAAAGCUCUGGGAAAGACGUAGACCUUUUUAGAAUCGAUGAGAAUACUGGGGAAGUUUGCGUAAAUGACCUUCUGGAUUUUGAAAAAUCAAAGCAAUACGAACUGAAUCUUGAGGCCAUGGAUAAAGGAGGACUAACAGAUAACAGUAAAGUGCUUAUUGAAUUGACUGACAUUAAUGACAAUGCACCUGUUAUAAGCGUUAUCUCAUUUUCCAGUCCCAUUCCAGAGGACUCCACCCCAGACACAGUUAUUGCAAUGCUCAACAUUAAAGAUAUAGACUCCGGUAAAAACGGACAAUUUAAAUGCUUCGUUAAUUCAGAUUUGCCAUUUCGCAUUAAAUCUUCUUCCUCAAAUUUCUACACUUUAGUUACUGAUCAGAUUUUAGACCGUGAAAAAAUGUCUGAAUAUAAUAUCACAAUAACAGCUAUUGAUGAGGGCUUGCCUUCAUUCUCUACUAAUAAAACACUGACUCUAAAAAUCUCUGAUGUUAAUGACAACGCCCCUGUGUUUCAGCGUCAGUCAUACACCGCGUAUGUGAUGGAAAAUAAUUCGCCCGGAGUCUCUGUUUUAUCUGUUAAAGCGCAUGACAAAGACUCAGGCAAUAACGCGCGUAUUUCAUAUUUUCUAGAGGAUAUUCUUGUGAAUGGUGUCUCUGCAUCGACGUUUAUUUCAGUGAAUGCAGAGAGCGGAGAGAUUCUUGCUGUCCGUUCGUUUGAUUAUGAGCAAACAAAAGAAUUUAACAUUCGCGUAAAAGCGCAGGAUGGAGGCUCCCCUCCUCUCAGCAGCAACGUGAGCGUGAAAAUAAUGAUUCAGGACCAAAAUGACAACGCGCCUCAGGUUCUGUAUCCGGUCCAGUCAGGCGCUUCUGUGGUGGCUGAAAUAGUGCCUCGUUCGGCAGAUGUGGGUUAUCUGGUGACUAAAGUGGUGGCUGUUGAUGUGGACUCUGGACAGAAUGCCUGGCUCUCAUAUAAACUGCAGAAAGCCACAGACAGGGCACUGUUUGAAGUGGGCUCACAGAAUGGAGAAAUAAGAACUGUACGCCAAGUUACAGAUAAAGAUGCUGUGAAACAAAGACUCACUGUUGUAGUAGAGGACAACGGGCAGCCCUCUCGAUCAGCUACAGUCAAUGUUAACGUGGCGGUGGCGGACAGUUUUCCUGAAGUGCUCUCGGAGUUCACUGAUUUUCCGCACGACAAGGACUACAACGACAACCUGACUUUCUAUCUGGUCUUGGCCUUGGCUGUAGUUUCGUUUCUCUUCAUCGUGUCUAUCAUCGCCAUACUGUCAGUCAAAUGCUACAGAUGGAGACGCGAGCGGAUUUUUUACAAAUCUGGAGCGAAUCUUCCAGUUAUUCCGUAUUAUCCGCCUCUUUACGCAGAUGUAGGGGGCACAGGAACUCUAAAGCAAGUGUUUAAUUAUGAUAUAUGUGGCACUACCGACUCAAGAAAGAGCGAUCUGAAAUUUGUUCGUCCUUGUAGUCAGAGCAUCAUUAGUUUGGACAACGAUGGAACACAGACUCUCACCCACAUUCAGGAGCAUGAAAAAAUAUCCAGAAAUACAGAUAAUCAGGUGAGGUUUGAGGAAUGAGAU